GUGCCCGGAUCCUCAUCACCAGCUCAGUGGCUGAUGCCGAGUCCCUCUCCACUUGUGAGGUUUUUCAGAAUAUCCUGCAGAGUCAUCUGCACGUCGAGUGUGCAGUGGUGCACAACUCGCUUCAGAUGGUCCGCUGGAAGCGUUGGGCCUACUACUUCGUGGUGCUCUUCUUCCGAGGCAUGCUCCGUGAUCCUCUGUUCGCAGAGAUUCUGGACUCGGUGUUUCACGCCCCUGGAAGGAGCCUGGAGGUCGUCACCGUCUUGGCGGACCCCCACUUCGACUUCCGCUCAGCUGAGUCGUAUGCCUAUGAGGGCAUGUUCCGAGAUGAGGACCAUUUCAGUGCGCGGACCAACAUACAGCGGCUUGCCAAGGCCUUCCGGACGCUCCUGAUGAUCGUUGCUCUGCCCUUCACUCCUGUCGAUUCUUUCGGCCUGCAGAAGAAGCAG